AUGGUAAACCGCGGCCGCCCCUCAAAAGACUGCGCCCCAUGCAGAAAGCGAAAACUCCGGUGCGACCUCCACCGCCCCCAAUGCGGCCAGUGCCAACGCGCUCACCUCUCCUGCUUCGGCUACCGCAACCCCCAAGACCUCAUCUUCCACGACCAAACACCCUCCAUCCGCGCCAAAGCCCAGCGCAGCAUCCCCAAACCACCACGCCCAUCAUGGACCAUCAUCGCCCGCCACGACUUCCUCACACACUACGUCUCCGGCCUCUCGCGCAGCUACGACAUGCUCGGCCCUCUGUAUAAAGCCACCCGUCAAGGCAGUCACCUCGAUGUAUCUGUGGACGCCGCGAGUCUAGCCUUCAUGGCGGUCCGGCACAGCAAUGCCUCGAAUCUACUGCAUCUAGCUGCGGAGCGGUACGUCACGGCGCUACAGCUCGUGAACAAGGCGCUUACGACUCCGCAUCAAGCUGUCGGAGAUGAUACCCUCCUAGCGGUGCUGUUGCUAGACCUCUAUGAGAAGCUGGUGUGUAGGGAUGCGCACUCAGCGACCUCGUGGUUGAGACAUAUGAAAGGGGCGAUUGCGCUGAUUGAACUCCGGGGGGAGAAGAACCUGUCUACGGAUAUUGGGAGACGGCUUGCGCAGAGAUUGUACACAUGUUUGGUGAUAAGUUGUGGUGUUGCUGGUGUGAGAGUGCCCCCUGAACUGGACUAUUUGAAGCAGAGUCUCGAUUCGUAUGAGCAGGAUCCGAAAUGGGGCGUCACGACGCUUAAUGUCCACGCUAUUAAUCUCGUUACUGAUAUAAACGAGAUGGAUCCAGGGGAGAUUGUCGUCCAAGCGACACGAUUAGACGACCAGUUUCGACAAUUACAGGCGUCUUUACCUCCGAAAUGGCAUCCCAAGCGGAUCCUUCGCCAUGAGAGCGCUUUGACGGACCAGUUUAUUCAUGGAGAUGGCUACGACGUGUACGACAACUUAUUCUACACGCAGGUCUGGAACGUGAUUCGCAUCAUGAGAAUCCAUCUCCACAUCCUCACACAGCAACACUCCCCCUCCCUCGAAGCACAAACACAAUGCACACAAUUCAUCGAAACCAGCAUAAACGAAAUCUGCGCCAGCGCAACACAAUUCCUCACCCCAGACACAACCUCCAAAGGCUUCUCCCUCCCCCAAUCCCUACAAUGCUACACGCUCCUCCCGCCGCUGUACCUCGCCGCCUCCGUCUCCCGCACCCCAUCCACACGAACAUGGGUCCUCAGCACAUUACAAUACAUGGCCCAAGGCGGCCUGGAAAUGGCACACCGCACUGCGCAACUCCUCCAAACGCCCACCACUUUCUGGGACUUAUACGCCCAACUGGGGAGCUAUGCGUUCGCCGCGUGA